UUGAAUUAGUUUUCAUUUGUCUGGCUUCUUCAUCGGUUGGUUUUAUAAAAUUACUUCAAAGAAAUGUUGAAAAGUGCGAUUGUAUUUUCUUUGUUUGCGCUUUUAACAUUUUCAGAAACUUGUUAUGGAGCUCAAACAAACACUAUUCCAAGUUUGGAAAGAGAAGUGGCCACUUUACGUGGCGAAGUAGAGAAACUUGAAAAAGCGGCACUCAACAAGGAUGAAAUGAUAGCAAUGUUGCGAAUUAAAACUGCUCAGGAAACAGAGCAAAUUGAGGAGCAGGAAAAGCAAAUAAAGGAAUUGAAGUCUCUACUCUCCGAAUAUGUGCUUGAGUCCAAUAAAUGCCACUCCUCCAGCUGUUUGUGUAAAGAAACUGAACUACAUACUAUCAAAAUACCUGGAGCAGAACCGUUCCAAGUUUCUUGUGACUCGUCAAUAGCUGGUUCCGGCUCCGGGUGGACAGUGAUUCAGCGUCGCACCAAUGGCAAGGAGAAUUUCAACCGCGACUGGAGAGACUAUCAAAGGGGCUUUGGUGAUUUACAAGGAGAAUUCUUCAUUGGUCUUGACAAACUGCAUCUGAUCACCAAGUCGCAGCCUCACGAACUUUAUAUAGUGCUUCAGAACUUGAACAAUGAGACCCGAUAUGCUAAAUACGAUAGUUUUUCAAUUGGCAAUGACGACGCAUCGUUCCAAAUCACUUCCCUUGGCAAGUUCUCAGGCACUGCAGGCGAUGGCUUGAGAUUCCACGACAACAUGAAGUUCUCAACCUUUGAUCAAGACAACGAUAGAAGCAAUAGAAAUUGCGCGGAUGAGAAUAGCUCUGGCUGGUGGUUUAACAAUUGCUAUCAUUGCAAUCUCAAUGGUCCCUACAACGGUGGAUUCUAUUGGUAUCCUUGGCAACGAAAUGUGCUCAAGUUCUCACAAAUUAUGAUUAGACCAAAAGUGUAAAGUGAACUUCAAAUACAAAUAAAUUCAUAUGGCUUA